CACAUGAUCAACUUCAAAUUUCAGACACAAAUAUUUAAAAUAUCUUCCCUAGAUAUGAAAAUCAUCAAUAAAACGAGAAAAAAGAAUCCCAAUUUUGUUAUGGGCUUAUUCUCGUCAUCUCUAGCUUUCUUGGCCUUGCUGAUCAGUUUGCAUUCAUCACUUGCAUUUGCAAAUGAAGAGAGUGAUUUAGAAACUUAUAUCGUGCAUGUGGAGGCGUCGGAUGGAAAAGUUUUCGAAAAUUCGGAAGAACUCGAGAGCUGGUACCAUUCCUUUCUUACUACUAGUACAUCAAGCUCAGACAGAUCGCCGAGAAUGGUGUACACAUACAAGAAUGUGAUCAAAGGUUUUGCUGCAAGACUAUCACCUGAUGAGGUAGAACUCAUCCAAGAAUACGAGGGAUUCGUCCACGCAAGGCCUCAGAGAAAGCUUCCCCUACACAUGACUCAUUCGCCCGACUUCCUCGGCCUGCAUCAGAAUUUUGGCUUCUGGAAAGACUCCAACUAUGGGAAAGGUGUGGUUAUUGGUGUGAUAGACACUGGGGUGUUCCCUAGCCACCCGUCGUUCAGCGAUGAAGGCAUGCCGCCUCCACCUGCUAAGUGGAAGGGAAAGUGUGAGUUCAAUUUUACUGCCUGUAACAAUAAGCUGAUUGGAGCAAGAUACUUCACAUUCGGAAAUGGGACUCCACUGGAUGAAGAUGGACAUGGAACUUCCACUGCAAGCGCUGCUGCUGGGAAUUUCGUGCCUGGGGCCAAUUUCUUCGGGCAAGCCAAUGGAACUGCUGUUGGUGUAGCCCCUCUUGCUCACUUGGCCGUUUAUAAAGUUUGUUCUGGAUCCAGACGUUGCUCGGAAAGUGAUGUACUAGCGGCUAUGGAUGUUGCAAUUGAAGAUGGUGUUGACGUGCUUUCGCUUUCUCUAGGUCGGCCAUCGACUUCAUUUACGUUUGAUUCCAUUGCUCUUGGUGCUUAUAGCGCCGUGCAAAAGGGUAUUUUUGUGAGCUGCUCCGCCACGAAUCGCGGACCGGAAUAUGGGACGUUGUCGAAUGAGGCCCCAUGGAUUCUCACGGUAGGCGCAAGCACCAUUGACAGAAAAUUAAAAGCAACUGUGAUUCUUGGGAACAAGGAGGAAAUAGAAGGCGAGGCAAUCAUCCAGCCAAAUAAUUUUUCGCAAACACUGCUACCUCUUGUGUUCCCUGGAAAAAGUACUACCAAUCCUAAUGCCCGGUUUUGCACUUCAGGGUCAUUAACCAGCAUCAAUGUCAAAGGAAAAGUAGUUGUGUGUGAACUGGACGUGGCGAUAUCACUUUCAGAGACAGUCAAAGAAGUUGAGGAGGCCGGUGGCUCAGCUAUAAUUUUCAUGAAUCAAGAGUCCGCAGGAGUCACUAAAAUGCUGGUGCCUAUCCUUCUGCCAACAGCGCAAGUCGGUUUCGCUGAUGGUUUGCGGAUCAAAAGAUACAUAAAUUCCACAUCAAAACCUAUGGCCACAUUAUCAUUUAAAGGGACUGUAAUUGGAGACGAUCAUGCUCCAACAGUGGCUUCCUUUUCCUCGAGAGGGCCAAGCUUGCAGAGCCCUGGAAUUCUGAAACCGGACAUCAUUGGCCCUGGAGUGAACAUUCUUGUAGCCUGGCCGGUUUCGGUUGAAAGCAGCAAAAAUACUAAACUUGGAUUCUUGAUUGGUUCUGGUACCUCAGCAUCAUGCCCUCAUCUCAGUGGGGUAGCAGCACUGCUCAAAAGCGCACAUCCUGAUUGGUCACCGGCUGCAAUCAAGUCCGCGAUCAUGACUACGGCUGAUGUUGUCAAUCUUGCCCAUAAUCCCAUUGAGGAUCAGAAUCUUCAGCCAGCAGACGUCUUCGCCACAGGUGCAGGUCAUGUGAAUCCUUCCAGGGCUAAUGAUCCGGGACUUGUUUACGACAUUCAACCCAAUGAUUAUAUUCCGUAUUUAUGUGGACUGGAGUAUACAGACAGAGAAGUUGGUAUUAUUACACAGCAGAAAGUGAACUGUUCUAAGAUAUCCUGGAUCCCUGAAUCACAACUUAAUUAUCCAUCAUUCUCAGUUUUAUUUGGAUCACGAGUUCAGACAUACACAAGGACAGUGACUAAUGUUGGCGAGGCAAAUUCGUCUUACGUUGUCGAGAUUUCACCCCCUCCAGGGGUCCAUGUUGCUGUUAAACCUGAGAAGCUUGAAUUCAUGGAGCAAAAACAGAAGGCGACAUAUGAAGUAACAUUUAGCAGACUUCCAUCGGCUGGAAACUCCAACUUUAGUCAAGGAUUUCUAAUGUGGACUUCAGAGAAAUGCUUUGUCAGAAGCCCGAUUGUUGCAAUCAUGGUCGAUUAAACAAUGUUAAUAAAUCCUAAUGUUCAGUACACAACUUUGUAUACUACUGGGAAUCUAUGCCUCGUAUUUCCCUUCAUCAAUAAAAUAAUUCGUGCAUUGUAUAAUUUUUGUGAUAUGAACUGUUUGUGAAAGUGACACAAUUUUUUAAAGGGUAA